AUGGGGAGCUGCAAUUGUAUUCCGAAAAACCUAGGAGAAGAAGAAUUAUAAACUCAAAAAGUUAGUAAUGAACAUUAAAUUAUCGAUAAAGAGAAACAAUAAGAUACAGAAUCAUUAACUCAUGGUUGAUUUUAUUCUUCUUAUUCAGAGGACAAUAAACCAGCUAAUGAUGAAUAUCAAGAGCUUGUUUAGAAAACCAAAGGGAUUCGAAAAAAACUUCCAAGAAUCAACAUGAUUAAUGGAGGUUAUUACGAAGGCGAAUGGUUCAAUUGUAAAAGGGAUGGCUUUGGCUUGCAUGUAAACUUAAUAAAUUCAUAAGAGACUUGGGCUGAUGGUGGCUAUUACGAAGGGGAAUGGAAAAAUGAUAAAGCUGAGGGCAAAGGGAAAUUAGGUAUUUCUAUUAUCCUCAAAAACAAUAGUUCAUGGAGAUGGAGAUAUUUAUGAGGGAUAAUGGAUAAACGAUACUGCAAAUGGAAUAGGAAGUUACGUACAUGCUGGAGGUGCUAGAUAUGAGGGAGAGUGGAUGAAUGAUCUCUUACAUGGAAAGGGAGUUGAAAGUUGGCCUGAUGGUUCCAAAUAUGAUGUAAAUAAUCCUCUAAAUCUAAAGGGAAUGUAUACUUUUGGGAAAAAGAAUGGAAAGGGAAAACUCUAAUUUGCAGACAACAGUAUUUAUGAGGGAGAUUUUUUGGAUAAUGAAAUAAGUGGAUUUGGGAAAUAUACUUGGUAUGAUGGAAAAAUCUAUAAUGGAAAUUGGUUAAAUAAUAAGAUGAAUGGUUAUGGUGAAACAAUCUGGCCUGAUGGAAAGAGUUAUAAAGGGUAUUAUUUAGAUGAUAAAAAACAUGGUUAAGGGGUUUUUUGUUGGAAUAAUGGCAGAACAUAUGAUGGAGAGUGGGCAAUGGGGAAAUAACAUGGAAAAGGCGUGAUCAUUACUGAAACUGGAGAAAGAAUGCUUGGAAUCUGGGAAAAUGGUCGAAAAAUUAAAAUUGACUCGGAUAAUUAUUAAACAGCUGAAGCAGAAACUUGA